AUGCAUUUAUCCACUGUCGUUCUCGGCAGUUUUCUCACCCUCGCUAAUGCUGAGUUAUUCCAUAAUGUCUCCAGCUCGAUAACCAAAUCGUCUGGCCCAGCAUCAUCAUGUACAGCCGACUGCUCAUACGCUGCCCCUGACCUCACCUCUUGGAUAUGGCAGCCGGUUUCGAUCACUAGCAACAUCACUCUGGCCACGGUCAUAUAUAUCGUGAACAACCGGACCAACACGACCAAGACCUCAACCAUAACGAAUACUUUACCCGCGGGAAUCACGCCCCCACCGACCAAUGCGGCGGGCACCGCUCUCGAGACACUCGUCUACGAAGGGUACAAUUCGGUCAAUACAACGAAGGUCAUCACCUAUCCGUCCAUCUGGUGGGAAUACGGCGAAAAGUAUUCCUGGGAGGGGACUCUCAAUGUAUCGACGACGACGGCAUCGGGAGGUCUAACGGAUAACGCCCCAACAUGCAUUACAGCGCCAAAAGGCGGUACAACCCUAACUCUGAAAUCUCAUCCGCCAUAUCCAGAGGUGACUGAUUAUUAUACCUGGCCAGGGGACACAGAUCCUUGGGAAAGCUGUAUGUCAUCCGCAUAUGGACCCUCCACGGAUUCCUGGCCGAAUCGCCCCUCUGCCACUAGCUGUGCUUCCGCCUGGCCGACAGGUGGACACAAGUAUCCUGAAUCUAACGACAGUCUCGGACUUACAUAUACCUUGGUGGGACACGGGUUACAGAAAGGGAUCGGAGCUCAAACCAGGCUCCACUUCCCGGAGCUGGAACCCUAUUCCAUGUGCGAAAUGGAUGUCGUUGCUCCUGUCAUGCCCGUAAACACCGUCGGCUUCCUAACCGAGACGAGCGUCAGUUUCGACGACUCUAUCGAGCCAACGCCUCCAGGAAUCUCGGAGAAUCCCGAUCCUGAGCCUACACCGCCUACACCAACAGCCAUACCACAACAACCAGAACCAUCAGCCCAACCACCCCAACCCGAACCAACGCCCCAGCCUGAACAACCGGCACCAUCCCCCCAGCCUGAACAGCCCGCCCCAUCCCCCCAACCCCAACCCUCUCCCGGCAACGAUGUCGGCGGCAUCAUUGCCUCCCUCCUCAACCCUGGCGGCAACACAAACCCCCCCGCCAACUCCGCUCCCGCGCAACCUGCCCCAGAGCCCGCACCCAACGCCCCCGCAAACCCCGGAAACAACGCUGGGUCCCCUCCCGGAGCCGCACCCGCUGGACCUGCUGAACCCGCUGCACCGGGCGCUCCGGCGCCGAGCGAUCCGCUGUCGGGGUUCAUCAUUAGUGCGAUUGGCGGAGACACGCCAGGGAGUGCCCCGGCGGCUGGAGCCACACCUGGUACUGGGUCGGGGUCGGGAACUGGAGAAGGGAAUUCAGGUAACCCGGCCGGCACUGGUGGUGAUAGCGGAAGCGGAAGUGGAAGCGGAAGUGGAAGUGGAAGUGGAAGUGGAAGUGGAAGUGGAAGUGGAAGUGGAAGUGGAAGUGGAAGUGGAAGCGGAAGUGGAAGCGGAAGUGGAAGCGGAAGUGGAAGCGGAAGUGGAAGCGGAAGUGGAAGCGGAAAUGGAAGCGGAAGUGGAAGUGGGAGCGGAAGUGGGAGCGGAAGUGGGAGCGGAAGUGGAAAUGGGAGCGGAAACAGUGCCGGUGGUCCCGGAGCGACCGACGCUCCAGCAGGCGGCGCUGGAGCUAGUGGCAGCCCAUCCAGCGGAGCCGGCGGUCCCUCUGCAUCGCGACCUGCGGCACCGUUGACCAAACCGUCGGGUGCCGCGUCGCGGGGCGUGACGACGGGAUACGGAACGUGGUCGUUCUCACUUCUCUCGCUACUGUUUGGAGCGUGGCUGGCGUGAGAGAGGGGGAGGAGGAAAGAGAAGAUAUUCUGGUGAUUGGUGUGCCAUGGAUUGGAGUAUUGUGAUAUGGGGUUUUAUUUCGAGCGAGGGGUAAUCAUAGGGGAUGAACGACGCGGUAGAGCGUUGCAUUGAAGUCGUAUGCGUUGAGACUGCUUAUGAUGGAUAAUGUUUGCAUUAGAAAUUACAAACGAGCAUGAUCACUUUGGGAGUUUCUCCAUCGACUGUGAGGCUGGAGUGAGGCACGUCCUUCGAUCUAC